GUUUGGUGAUGUUCUGCUAGUGUUAGACAUAGUAAUUAUAAAGCGAAGUGUCUUUCCAGUUUAUUGCGAGGUAACGUUAGCAAAAUGGUAACAUCUUGUGAUUGCUGUCGAGUCUAAUGGUACACGAAGGUUAGCUGCUGUGGCCAGCCUGUUUCACCUCUCAUUUGCUAACGUUAGCUACAUAGCUGGCGUUAGCAAGUGAGCUGUCGUUAUUUGAUGUGACAGAAUGAAAAUGUUACCGUAGUUACGAAGCUAGCUAGUUCGCAUCUGAAUGUCGACUGGCCAGCAAAAUGCUUGGCCUUACCCUGUGGCUAACUUGCUUGGCUAACUGCUCAGUGUGCUGAUGGAGAUCAUGUUAGAUUGACGCAGGUGGCUGUUGGAUACUGGCUGUCCUUUGUCAAACUUUUACUUCCCAUUAGCAGACUAUUAGCUGAAAGUUAAAAGCAGAAAUGUUACCAGUGUUAAGUACUUUAUUUGGUUACUUGUUAUUUGGUUUUGCUGUAUGAUAACUAUGUAGGCUACAUAUCGGGAGUUAUGCUAAUGUAUGGCUGAUCAUACCAGUGUAUUUUAAACGUCUCAUCCAAACUGUCGACCAUUUCCAAUAGAUUUACGAUUUUGAAUGUCUUUGAUUCCAUCGCAGUUAGCAUGUCUGCUAUUAUUACUGUUAGAGUCUGCUGUUAUUACUGUCAGAGUUGUGUUGUGUUUGAGUGCGUUUUCAAAUCAGUCUGCAGUGAUUUAAUAACAGUCACUUGUUUUGAACAAAGUGAAUUUAUGUUUUUCAUAUUUAUCUAUGUCAGCAGUUUCUAUUAUAUAUAUUAUCCAACAAACACACGCGCGCACUUUUAUUUUUAAUUCAGUUUUGGCAUCUGUCUUUAUUAGGCUAAAUAAUAUACAGAUUAGAUGUUGACAGAAAACACGGGGAGAGCAAUUUGUGUUUGUAUGGUACGCCUCCUAGACCACUAGGUCAAUGUUAUUAGGGAAAGAUCAUCUGCUAAAUACUUGAAUCAUUUAUGUAAGCCUUGUUAAACAUUUUCCUUCUCUGCUCAAGAGAGGUCAGGAGUUCCUCUGUUUCAUUAGUCCAAAAGAAAAACUGUUCAGAGUUUUCUUGGGAGCUACUUUUACACAUAGUUUUACUGUUUUAAACAGACUUCUAGCUUGCAGAACAAAACACUUGGGUAGGCUAUUUCAGAUUAGAUUGGCAGGGGAGAUUGUAAAACUAAUGGUAUUGUUAAUCUAAAAUGAUUUGAUUUUUGUUAAAAUGUAUUUGAAUACUUACACUUAUUUACUACUUUAUGUUCACAACCUUCAUGUGUUAUGGAGUAAAUGACAACAGACAAAAUGUACUAGCCAUCCACUUUUCCCAUCAAGCUGGCUAUUCACUUUUAUUGGACAGUCUGCAGUGUCACCUUAUCAUUCAUUCAAUUUAUCAGUUUUCUUGACAUUUGAGCAUUUAUUUUCUCAGUAAUUGAUCUGGCCCUUUUUUGCCAAUAGAAAUGUAAGGCUAAGAUAUCUUUGUCCCAUUGUAAGUCUAUAGUCUAAGACCCCAGGACCCCAGGAAGAAUAUCUGUUGCCUAGUGUAAUGGCUAAACUAAUAAACUAAACUAACUAACUAAGAUCAUCUUAUUAUAAGGUGCUUUUGUCUUCUUGAUAGUGGCUUCUUCACCCUUCUUAUCAGCAGACUAUCAUGCAGUCUAAUGUUGACAGUGCACAACUACUUGAUAUUUGUUGUAGCGUAAACCAGAGUUGUUGUCAUCAAGAAAUGCACCACAAACAGUACAAGUGUUGUACCACCUCCAGCACAUGUCAUUAGUUGUCAUUGUAGUGGGGAAUAUGGGUUACUGUUAUAUUUAAGAGUGAGCAACCAAUAAAUAAUAGUAUUUGGUCAAACAAAAAGUAAAUCAAUUGAAUACAAUAAAAAAAACAAAAUAGAAAAAACAAACUACAAUUUCAAAGAAAAAGGUAUAGGUUGAAGCCACGUAUUGCGAAACCUAUAAGGCCAGUCCUUCUUACUGGGCACUUACUCAGGCACCAGUAUAUAUCUAGUAAAGAAGUGACUGGGCCAUGCCUCUCUGCGAAAUAAUACAAAGGGCAUCAGAACCAAAAUUAAUUAUAUUACAAUUAAAGAGGGUGCACUUUUUUUUUCUACGUCACACUGAUGUGUUUAAGUUUGUUCUUGAGUUUUUUGUUUUUUUUUUGCUUUUGGUCCAGUUGACACAUCAGGUGGAAAAUUCAAAUUCAUACAGGUAGGCAACAGCAAUACGUGGUGAUAUCAGCUCAGAGUGGACAUGUAAGAAGACAAUACCUGAGUGGUUCAUAGAAAUAGCACAGUAAACAAACAAAACAGCCAAAUUUACUGCCAAGCUUCCUAAAAUAACAUCUAAUGUACGUUUCAAAUACAACAACAAAUCCUGUCAUUGUUGAAUAUUGUAUCCCCUCAGAGUUUGCAGCAGCCUGUCAGUGGAUCAGUGAAAGCCUGCAUGUCCUAAGUUCAGCACGUUGGAUAGCGGUUGUGACACACUUAAGCCCAAAUGAUACUUUCCACAUCUUCGAGGGUCUGCAUGACAUAUAUUUCUGUCCAUGUCAAAAAUUUGUGAAUGUGCAGACCAUAUGUGUCAACAAAAAUAUGUAAACACAUCUGUAGACAUAUGCAGACACCUAAUGUAGUAUUAACGGAAUCACUUGAGUAGCUGAUUGUUUCUGUGUCCAGGAGUAUAUCUGGCCCUUUAAGAUGAUCCACCUGUGCUGAACAGAAAAACGGAAGGAUGAUACAGACUGUAGGCUGAUCUAUUGAUCAUCUUCAGCCUUCAUCACAGCUGAACAUAAUAUUAUGUAUCAAGGAUUUGUGUCGUCAUAGCAUCCAGCAUCACUGGCUAAUUUUCCAUCCAAAUGCCAAGCAUGCUUAACGCAAACUGGAGCUUUGUAUCUGAGAUGUGAUUGUGUGUGAGUGGAGCCAACAUGGCAAGUUGAUGCUUUCCAUAUCACUGCCUGGACUGAGUCUUCAUGUGACCAUAUAGGACUAAAUUAGCCCCAGUAAUACCUUCUAGAAUAAGCAGCAGAGCACUACUGCAGCCAAAGGCCCAGUGCUGUCUAACCAGUCAAAAAACAUGACCAUAUAACCUAAGCUGAUCUUAGACCAGCUGUAAUUUAACUAUAUAUGAAACUUUUCACCUUUACGUAUCCCAGUCUAUCAGUCCAUACAAAAGAUGAAGCUAUGAGUGUUUUUGUAUGUUUCUUGGUGAGGUCAGGCCUUUUGCUGUAGUGUGGUAAUACCUAAAGCCAUGAUUUAGUGGAACAGGGAUUUACUGCCUUCUGUCCAUGCAGCCUUGUCAAAGCAACACUGAGGCUAAACAGCACCCAGUUAUUUACACUGUAAAGUUAACAUUGCUACCAUCUGUUGUUGAACAGGAAGAAUAAGAAUAAGAACAAGAACAUAACAAUAAGAAUAUAAAAGUGGCUGCUUUAAAGUGACUUGGUCGGUUGGUCGAUGUUUCUCAACAGCAGGGCAUAGGGAACAUGCACACACAAGCAGUAGUAUCUGCUAUAGUCAGUUAUUUGUAGUCUCACAUAUUCAAACCCAAAGUCUGGCUGAAUUUGUCAUUCUGAGAUAGUUUGGAAAAAAUAAGAGGCACGCAGUCCAAAACUCAGCAACAGGUGCUUGAGCAAACAAGAAAUUUCUAGGCAAAAAAUAGUACAAUCUGUACACUGUUUUGGUAUGUCAAAAAUGUUGCAGAAGUGAAACAACAGUAACAUGGACUGAAAUGGAGUACUCUGUUUUACUCAACAGUUGCACAGAUGACUCUAAACCUUCUUGUCGAAACAGAUCUGGCUCUGAACUUCACUUGUUUGAUCCUCUGAUAUGAUGUGAUGUUAAUGGAGAAACAAGUUGUUAAUUAACUGGUUAAUUAACUGAUUGACAGAAAAAUAAUGAAUGGCAAUUAUUUAUUAAUCAUAAGUGAAAACACCAAACAUUUUUGGAUGCAGACUCAAGUAUAAAAAAAUGCUGCUAUUCUUGGUUUUAUGUCAUUGUAAAAUUAACACUCCCCUCGAGUAGACCACACUGUAGUAACUUGUCUCAACUUUUGCCACAACGCAAUGCAACGUCUAUUGAAAAAUAGUCAACAUACUAAUUGAGUUACUGUUGAGUUAAGGUUUGGGUUAGGAAGCUGCCAAUACUUGGAACUAUUAACCUGUCUUUAAAAAUGUAGACUAAAUGGUAACAGCAGUUUUUCACUAGGGGCUCAUUAACUUGUGUGUGUGUGUGUGUGUUUGUGUGUGUUAUCACAGAUUUAUGCAGGCACCCUAGUGGUUUACACACACACAACCAGCAGCAGUCCCUGGAGGGGUUAUGGUUCAACCUUGUGUAUGAUGUUGUUGGAGCUGAAAUCAAUCGCUGUAUAACAUUUUCUUUAGUUUCUAAGGAAGUGAUUCGGUGGAGAAUGGGGAAAAAAAAGGCACACACUAACAGUUGUGAACAGUCUGAUUGUUCCUUCCUAAAGCUGAACAAGUACUCCACUGCUCUUGUUGGUGUCACUGUCAUAAUGGACAUCCUGCUAAAAUUAUGUGUGUUCUUUAUGGCUCUUCUUUUUUUGUUUACAGUGACACAUGUUUAGAGAUUGGAGUAACACGACCUGGUGAAAGUGCAUCAAUGAAAACAUUGCAUUGUGGCUUGGAUUAUUCUGGAAGGUGUGGAGGAUGAUGAGUUUGAUGCAGGAGAUUGGAUUUAGUUAGACUUGAGAGGAUUAGAGAAACCAUUCAACUCAGCACACUUUAAUAGAAAGCCAGAGGAAAAGGUGGGGGAUGGUUGAGCUCUGCUGUCAGUGGGAUCUGAUCCAUAAGAGUUUCUAACGGCCAGUACAGCAUCAGUGUUUAAUAACAAAAUAAUAUGAUGGUUUUCAUUCCCCUCAAAACUCUAAAUUUGACUAAUGCUUUCCCUUUUUUUUGAAAGGCCCCUAAAGAGGCACUCCACUUAGAGCCUCACUAAUUUAAUUAUUUUAGAGUUUGCUGCUCCAUAAAUCCACUAAAAGUAGAUAUUGUCUGCAUAUAAAUGUACUAGACAGUUGAGAAGGUGAUUUCACUUGUCAUUACAUCAACUGAAUCAUGGAACUGCAAGAAUUUUGAGUGAAGAGUUGAGUAUUUUUAAGCUUUUGUUCUGUUUAUUGAAUCUGAUUCUAUUAGAAUCAUAGUUUAGAUUUUUAUUAUUGAGAAAUAUAUAAAAAUAUUUAAAAAGCAUAAAUAAUUUUGUAUUCUUCCUUCCUUUAAUCUUCCCUUUUACAACAAUUACAAACCUAAUAUGAUAGCCUAUUCUCUAUUCCAUUUUCUGAUCCAUUCACUCUGGCAGUUUCACAUAGCUCAGGAAUUGUUGGUGAUUGUUGUUACUUUUAUACCUGUCCCUUUUUAGUCAAUUUAGUUUCUUUAAAUUUUGUUUAAGAAAGAAAAUUAAUUAAAGAAAUAAAACAAUUAAAGAUCUUAAUAGUUUGAGAUAAAAAUGAAAAAUGUACAUAUACCAUAUAAGACAUUUUUGGAUGUGUUGACUAAAUUUUUUGCUGUGGACAUUGAUGUGGAUGGAAAAAAAACUAAAGUCUAGCAGAAAGUUCAACAAAUAAAUCAAAAUAAAAUAAACCAAUCUGUAGCCUAAUUUUUGUAUAUUACAUGAUCUUUAUAGCAUGUUACUGGUGAAGAUGCUGGACAUUAUUACAGUGGCCCUUACAACAGCUUUUCUUCAACUAUAACCUAUCAUGUACAAACCUGAAUCCUUUUUAAAAAUGUCCUUCACAAUAUCCUGACCAGCUGUAUUUAGGACUGUCUUAGUAAGAGUCCCUGAACGCACCAGUUCCACCAGAAAAAUGAUGGGCAAAAAAAAUGGUGUCCUUUCAUGGAAUAAGCGCUAUGUGUUUUGAGACAGUUGGUGGUGGUGAUGAGGGGGGGAUGAAGGGCCUCACAGAUGGUGUGGAGUCGAGUGUAUGUGACACUAAGUAGUAUCUGAGUGUGACAAGAUGUUGAGUGGAGAAUCUUCUAGAACAGAGGGCUGUGGGAUGAUUGUUCUUUACUGGUGUCCAUCUGUCUGAUAUCCAAAGAUAAAAUUUGGCUUUCACAGCAUUAGGUGGCAUCAGUGUGUUACCAGUGUUACAUGGUGUUGGAGCAUACGCCGAUUACAUUACUUGCCCACUGCCCAUACCUUUGUUUUUGCAUAUCAGUGCCCACAUUCAUCAAAUAAAAAAAACUCUAAUUUGUAAAAUACUAAGCAUGUUAUCAAAACUUGGUUGGAUGAUGCAAAGUACAAUUAUAAAGUGAAAGUGUAUACUGACCAUCCACAGCAGCAGCAGAGUCACAGCACAGAGUAGCAGAGUGAGAUGUCUGUCCUCCUUCCUGCUCUCUGUUGUAAACACACGUAGCUGUUAGCGAGCGGCUGCUCUCAUGUCUCCUUGCGUCUCAGUGCUUGUUUUCGGCAAAAACUCUCCUGCUCUCUGCCUGCUUAGCCUGCUCUCAUAUUGUCUUUCUCUGGAUGGCAGGCAGGUUGCUUCGGUUCUGGUUUUAGGCAGUGGUCGUCCUCUGGCUCGUCCCCACACCUGUGUGUACCGCAGUCCGACUGUACACAGAGGAAGACCUGCUGGCAGCAGCCUGAAGCCUGCCGUCACUAACUCAAACUGGAUGAAUCUUCGAGAUGCAGAAACAGGCAAAGUGCUGUGGCAGGGAACUGAGGACCUCUCUGUGCCAGGAGUAGAGCAUGAAGCUCGCGUCCCAAAGAAGAUCCUGAAGUGUAAAGCAGUGUCCAGAGAACUGAACUUUUCCUCCUCAGAGAAACUGGAAAAGUUCAGGCUGGAGCAGAAAGUUUUCUUCAAAGGACAGUGUCUAGAAGAAUGGUUCUUUGAGUUUGGUUUUGUUAUUCCCAACUCCACCAACACAUGGCAGUCUCUGAUAGAAGCAGCCCCAGAGUCCCAGAUGAUGCCAGCCAAUGUUUUAACUGGUAAUGUGAUCAUAGAGACCAAGUUCUACGAUGAUGACCUCCAUGUCAGCACCUCCAGGGUACGACUUUUCUACGUCUGACCUCUGGCCCCCGGCUUCACCUUCCAAAAAGGCUGAUGUCCUGCCAAGGUCUAUAAAUUACCAAGUUUAGCUACAAUUUGCAGCAGUAAACAGCUCAUUGCUGACUUGGGAUCAGCACAUUUGGGUGAAACCCAGCUGUGACCCCACAGUCAGUGAAGUGAACCUUGUAUUUGGUUGUUUUCUUGUUUUGUGUUGACCUGAAAACUUCUAGACCUUGGGAGGAGAGGGAAGAGGAUGAGAGAGAACUCUGCUGUUUCCUAUGUAUACAGACUGUUUCACUGUAAAUACAUUACCACUGAUCUCAAGUCAGCCAGGAAGCCACUCUGUAAAUGACACAAUUUGUGCUUUUUCAAAAAUUCUGCCCUUUCUCACUCCAAGGUUGCUUUUACUCAGGAACUGAACACCAGACUUGUAACCUUCUCCUUCCUCCUUUCUGCCUGAACAUGGAAACAUGAGCAACACGAGCUGCACAUCAGUGUCGGGGGAAGAUGCAGCUCAAUGUCUCUUCUGAACUACACUCAAGACGUCAUCAUAAAACAAUGUUUCCUCUAGCUGUGUCCCAUUCCAGAAUCACCUCUUGUGAUGUCCACGUUUUCUGACAGAAUACAUGAUCAGGGGUAAAUAAAGCUGUACUUUUCUAGAGGCACAAGAAAUGCCGCCUCCUUUUGCGCAAAUUUGAGGUACACAACAGAUGUAUUUUCCCCAUUGUAUCCUCAAAUCCUCAGAAAAUUAUUCUGUCUAUUAAAUGAGAAAUGGAAGUCACAUGGACAUAUCUGGACAUAUUAAUUUUAUCAGCCAACAACUCAACUCUGAAAUUUGUACUUGUACAACUUGACGAGGACUGACUGAAUGCACUGUAAUUAGUGGUCUCUGUGAGGCCUAGUAUGGGAACUGCUGAUGUAGCUGUAAUUCUCUAAAGGACACCUUAGCAGGCAGCUUCUGCAGUGGGACACAGCUUCUACCAACCAAACAUGUUCUGUUUUCUGACUACAUGAACUAGUGUAGAACAGUGGUUUUCAGUCUAGUAAGAUGGAGGACCAAGCGCCUGUUUUAUUCCAGUCCACCACCAGAACCACUGGUUUAACUGGAUUGCUUCUUGUCUGUAGUGUUUGGAAUGAAAACCUGCACAUUGUUGUCAUGAUGACACAUGUUUGAAAAGCACUGUGUUUGAGGGACGUUCAUCAGCAAACAGGAGGGGGUUUUAUUACAUUCAUUUAUGUGCUCGUACUUGACUUUCAGAGGUGUACUUACUUAAAAUAUUCAACUUUCAGCUAAAAAAUAAUCAGGUGCAGACCAGACAUGCAUCAUGUAUUCUCAGUAGUUCACCUGUUUACAAUUUUAUCCCAGCUAGACCCAGAGCUUAACAGCUGCUUAAGGUGUUAAAUUCUGCACUGCUCUGUACAUCCUUUUAACUUGGCUUCCCAUCCAAUUCACUGCAGUCAUGUCAUUGUUUGUUUUUUCUUAGCUGCUAACUGAGCUGUGUAAAAUAGACUUGUGUUUUAAUAUUACAGGACUUGUGGAUUAAAAUCAUCCAAUGUUGUAAUAAA